AGAGAGAGAGAGACAGAAAGAGAGAGAGAGGGGCAGGCAGGCAGGCAGGCAGGCAGCUGUACGCGAAACCGUGCCUAAGAUGUCUAUUUUGCCUUUCACUCCACCGAUUGUGAAGAGGCUCCUUGGUUGGAAAAAGGGAGAGCAAAAUGGGCAAGAAGAGAAAUGGUGUGAAAAGGCGGUGAAAAGUCUAGUGAAGAAGCUAAAGAAGACCGGACAGCUUGACGAGUUGGAAAAAGCUAUUACCACCCAGGACCUCAGUACGAAAUGUAUUACUAUACCAAGGUCACUGGAUGGGCGCCUGCAGGUCUCUCACAGGAAAGGUCUUCCUCAUGUGAUCUACUGCCGGCUGUGGCGCUGGCCUGACCUACAGUCCCAUCACGAGCUGCGUGCUGUAGACCUGUGUGAAUUCGCCUUCCACAUGAAGAAGGAUGAGGUCUGUGUCAACCCCUACCACUAUCAACGUGUAGAGACGCCAGUUUUGCCACCUGUGCUGGUUCCCAGACACACUGAUAUUCCUGCUGAGUUUCCCCCUCUGGACGACUACAGCCACUCAAUUCCUGAGAAUACUAACUUUCCUGCUGGCAUAGAGCCUCAGAUCAACUACAUACCUGAGACCCCUCCUCCGGGGUACCUCAGUGAAGAUGGUGAAAGCAGUGAUCACCAGAUGAACCACAGCAUGGACACAGGUUCUCCAAACCUGUCUCCCAACCCUGUUUCCCCUACAAAUAACAACCUUGACCUGCAGCCGGUAACAUAUUGCGAGUCAGCAUUCUGGUGUUCCAUUUCAUACUAUGAGCUGAACCAGCGUGUGGGAGAGACGUUCCACGCCUCCCAGCCUUCCUUGACCGUGGACGGCUUCACGGACCCCUCCAACGCGGAGCGCUUUUGCCUCGGCCUGCUGUCCAAUGUGAACCGCAACGCGGCCGUGGAGCUCACCCGCAGGCAUAUCGGUCGGGGAGUGCGGCUGUACUACAUAGGCGGGGAGGUGUUUGCAGAGUGUCUCAGUGACAGUGCCAUCUUUGUCCAGAGUCCAAACUGUAACCAGCGCUAUGGCUGGCACCCUGCCACCGUGUGUAAGAUCCCUCCAGGAUGUAAUCUGAAGAUCUUCAAUAACCAGGAGUUUGCUGCCCUGUUGGCCCAGUCGGUGAAUCAGGGAUUUGAGGCUGUGUACCAGCUUACCCGCAUGUGUACCAUCCGUAUGAGUUUUGUGAAGGGAUGGGGAGCAGAGUACAGACGACAGACAGUGACCAGCACCCCCUGCUGGAUAGAGCUGCAUCUGAACGGUCCCCUGCAGUGGCUAGACAAGGUGCUCACCCAAAUGGGCUCACCCAGCAUUCGUUGUUCCAGCGUGUCAUAGGAGACACCUGGCAUCACUCGCACAACCCUGGGAAAGAUGUCUAUCUCAAAGCAUCCAGAACCUACCUCCCUCCUGCACAGCAUCAGAGACAGCAUGGAGUGGAGGUCUUCUGAAGCGUUUCCCUCCCAGUGUCACUCCACUGCUUGUUGGUCCUGCCAUUUUCCCCACAGAAGGUUUUGAGCACUUUCCACUGCUGAUACGUAUAUACCAUGGCUCAUGUAGCUGUGCAUCCUGUAUGGUGUAUUGUUUAUUUUGUUGUUGUUGUACAGAGAUAUAUAUUUUUUUGCUUUUUUAACAUGUGUAUAGCAGUUGAAGCCUAGAUUAAAAUAUGAGGUAUUUAACCUUGUGGAAUUGAAACAGCUUUCAUAUUCAUGGAAAAAAUACAUGGAUAUGUAACUGUUCAGAUGUUUUUUUUUGUCUGUUAAACAGUUAUAUAAGGCUUACAGUACUUAAAAUGCAAUUACUGGUGUGCACAGAUACCACUGAGUCAGAAGUGUAUUUGUAUGAUUUGGGGAAAUUUAUAUAAAUUUUACACAGGUCCAGCAGUUUGCUCUGUGCAUUUAGUUGUGGUGUUUUCAUAAGCCAGGAGGGUUAGUACUGCAUUUCCAUAGCCUUUCUUGAAUGGGCUGCAUGCAAGCCUGUUGGCCUAGCUGUAGGCUGUCCUAAAGUGGACAGUAAGAUAGGCACUUCUGCAUUGAAGCUCACUAAUCCCGCUGGGUGUGGAGGAAUUGCACAGUAAUCUUUAUGCACUGAGGAGGUCAGCACAGUUUAGAGGCUGAUUCAGUGCAGUUUUUAUUUGAGUAUAUUUAAACUGUUUAAUGGUACUUAGUCUAGUGUAGCACAAUGAUGAUGAGAAGCACUUGUCCUUACUACUCUAUCAAAGAGUAAACAUAAGUCUCUUCAAUGGCUAUAUUUUCACUCGAGUGUUUUUGUGUUUUUAAAACGAAAAUUGCUUUGGCGCUUAAAAAUUAAAACUUAAAACAUUACAAACAUAGCUUAUAUCGACAAACAUUUUUAAGCCUAAAGUAGUUUAUCAAAAAUUACUUGAAUGGAAAUGUGACCAGUGUUGGAAUUUUGUCAGUGACAAAACUAGUGACUGAUAGUGCCAUUUUUUCCCCCUGGAAACGUAAACUUGUAAAAGUAUUGAAUUUUGCUUGACACGAGAAUUAUAGAUAUUUUGUAAUUUUUCGAUUUCUUUGGGGGGGGGAGGCAAAGUAAGAGGACUGAAGAGUGCAGUAGUACAUUUUUGCUUUUGUCCUAUGCUGAGUAUUGUACAUUAUGUUGAGUGUUUAUAGGCAGCACAGGUGGGCAGGGCGGGAUUACCUUAUGAGCAGCAGUCUGCUAACCUGGGCCUUCCUUUCUUGUGGGCCCAGCAAACAUAAUUUUGAUUAAUAUAGUGAUCAUUAAUUAUUAAAUAGUGAUUACUUUUGUGUUGUUUAACGAGCUUUUGUGAAUUUAGCAUACCCAAAAACGUCUUACUUUUUGUGCUGGAUGCACCUACCCACGUUAAGUGUGUUCUCCCCUCAUCCCACCUUUCCACACUUGCUGUUGCUCCUUGGAUGUAGCCUAGCUUUGAACAAAAAAAUAAAAAAUAAAUCCAAGCUUUGAAUGUUUGUAAGGUGGCUGCAGAAACACAGGUCCAGCAGCUAAAGUGAGCCAGAGAGUAGAAAUGAGAGAACGGAGAUGCUGGUUACCUUUAAGAUGUGCAGGUUUCUGGUAGUGAUGUCAUUAGCAGUUUGGUAGGGCAGCACUCUUCAGUUGUGAAGAGAGGAAACCUUGGGCUUCAGAAUGGGCAGCCCAAGCCCUUGUCUAGGGGUGAGUGGACUCAGGCCCAUGUUUAGCAAGCGUGCAAGUGUGCUGGUCCAAGAUCACUCAUCCCUUUGUCCUUGUAAUUGCAUCCCUUUAGAUAUGAGGGGUAGACUUGAUCCUCGAUUAGAUGUCUCACUCUUAAGUUUGGUACAUAAGAUUCAGUGGACAUAGGAAACAGCAAUAAUUUAAGAAACUGGCAGUUGAAAUGUGAAGAUAUGAGACACAUGGUAUAAGAAUAGCUAUUUGCUUCCUAUACACUGUGCCUGUGCAUAUGCGUGCAAGUCAGAUUUCUGCAUAUUUUGGUUGCUCAGCAGUCACUCAGUAUGUUUUCAAGAUGCUUAAACAUAACUUGCAGUAUGAUGUUCUUGUGUUUUAACAACACAUCAAAGGGAUGUUUUAAACUCAGGACCAUUAGCCCACUUGAAAGAUAAACAGAGCUCCAUGCAGAAAGGCACACAUUUCAUACAUCAGCAUCCAUGUAGUUCUAUUUUACUACCAAUUAUUUUUGUGUAGAGGAAAAAAAAUCACGUAUUUUGAAGCAAAUAGUAAGAGAUUUUUAUUAAACAAAUGUGGGGGUGGGGCAAGUACUGCUGGCAGCUCUUGAGGUAUGCUCCUAUUUUUCUAUAGAGGUUGAUUUCUCAAGAGGGUGCUCUUGGUUUUAUGGAUGAUGUGUUUUUUGAGCCAAGCCCUGUCACUAAAAAAGGGCUUUUUAUCUUGUAAUUAAAUAGUCUGAAGAGUAUGACUUCCUUGACUGGAUUUUUCUUCUUGUAGAAUGUAUAAAACAAUUGAUUAAUUGCAUGCUCUUACAAUUUCUGAUUUUGUCACAAAGAGAGCAGUUCAUUGCAUUGUGUUGUCUCUUGUUUGAGUGGGUACAAUAGGCUGUAGCUUCCUAUUGAUGGAAUGGGCAAAUACAUGUUAAAAUAUCACUCAUCUUCUCAAAGCUUGCCUGUGAAAAAUUACCCUCUGCUAUUGAACAAAUUGUGUGUUUUUGGAGCUUUCAGUAGUGGUUGUUUGACCUUACAACACAGCAGAACUCCAGGCUAACUCCAUGUGCUCUCCACUGGCUUUAGUUUUGGUUUGCUCUGAAUGUGCUUUCUCUCUCUCUACCUACACAGGCUUUAUUUGCAUUACUUGUUUAAGCUAUUCUGUUGUGUUGCCUUGUUUUGGUAUCCAUGAAUUUUUAAUAAUAAAAUGUAUAUUUUAAACUGUA